ACCCGGAGAGCAGGACUUGUUCACCCCGUUCCUGGGCCGUUUGUAGGGUCUCGGAAGUCGCUCGGUUUUAACCAGCGGGAUUGAAAUCACUCGGAUCAGCAAGAUGAAAAUUGCUAAAGAAACGAAGAAUGCCGUUAUUGUGAGCUUCGGGUUUUUGCUGCUGUUUACUGCUUACGGAGGGCUUCAAACUGUCCAGAGCAGUCUGAACAGUGAUGAGGGCCUUGGCCUCGCCUCAUUAAGUGUCAUCUAUGCAGCUCUUAUCACCUCUUCAAUGUUUCUUCCACCUAUAAUGAUCAAAUAUUUUGGCUGUAAGUGGACCAUAGUUAUGUCCAUGUGCUGCUACGUUACAUUUUCAAUUGGCAAUUUUCAUCCAAGCUGGUACACGCUUAUUCCCACUGCAGUAAUCCUUGGACUGGGAGGAGCUCCGCUGUGGUCUGCUAAAUGCGCCUAUCUGACCAUCUGUGGGAACCGCUAUGCAGAGAAGUUCAAUAAACUUCCAGAAAAUGUAGUAAAUCACUACUUUGGAAUUUUCUUCCUUAUAUUUCAAUCAUCUGCUGUUUGGGGGAACCUAAUGUCUUCAUUAAUAUUCCAAUAUACUUCCACUGAAGCUAACAUCACUGAAGAGCACUUAUCAUAUUGUGGAGCUGCUAAUUGCCCAGCAUAUGAUUCAAUGCUCAAUGCAAAUGUAACGCAAACAAGCUAUCCAGCAUCCACAAUUUACCUCCUCUCUGGAGUUUAUACUGGUGUCGGUUUAAGUGGAGUGAUCUUUGUUGCUAUUUUUCUGGAUCAGCUCGAUAAGCAAGCUGUGGAUGAGUUCAAAAAGAAGAAGAUAGAUGUGUGUACUCAUUUGGUGUCUACGUUUACACAUCUAAAGGAUAAACGGCAGAUUCUGCUCAUUGUCAUGACCAUGUAUAGUGGCUUUGAACAGGGUUUCCUUGCCGGUGAUUAUACAAAGGCCUACAUCACCUGUGCCCUUGGAAUACAAUACGUUGGUUACUGCAUGAUCUGCUUUGGUGCCUCUAAUUCUGUUUUUUCUUUGACUUUUGGAAAAUUAUCGAAAUAUACUGGACGUAUUCCAUUGUUCUUCUAUGCAACUCUUGUCAAUAUGGCAUCAAUAAUUUCAUUGCUUUUAUGGAAACCACAUCCAAAUCAACUACCGGUGUUUUUUGUGUUUCCUGUUCUUUGGGGAAUGGCUGAUGCUAUCUGGCAGACACAAACUAAUGCCCUCUACGGAGUUCUGUUCCUGGAGCACAAAGAAGCAGCAUUUUCAAACUACCGGUUGUGGGAAUCUGUGGGAUUUGUGAUCGCAUUCGCUUAUGCAAAUUUUUUGUGCAUAAAGGUCAAGUUGAUUAUUUUACUGAUUGUCCUGUUAAUAGGCAUGACUUUAUAUGGAGUUGUGGAAUAUAUUGAAUACUCAAAAGGAGGGCGUGGAGCUACUUCACAAAUAUUUCCUCAAAGGACUAAAAUCAAAAAGAUGCUGGAAGUAGAAAGUAAAAUUGAGAAACCUGUUGUUGAGAGUGACAUUGAAAUACACGCCACAAUCUCUGAAGUCAAGUUCUGAGGAUUUGUAUUGACUCUUACAGAUGUUUAUGACUGAAGAUCAGUAUUUUUUUUAAAUCACUCUUAUAAUUUUAUAUGUAGUUUAUAAUUUACAUAAUUGAAAAUAUUUUAAAGUAAAACUAUUUUACUGACUUGAAAUUAACCAGAUCGAUUUUUGAAAUCUUCAGUCUUUAACUGAAUCAGAUAAUUUGACAGUAAUGAUUAUUAUUAUUAUGUUUUAAAAUGUUAGCAGAUCACCAGGUGGCAGAGACAAAAGGCUGCUUAUUGUUCAUAGAUUUGAUCCACUAAUGGAAUCUCUCAUCUAGCUGGUUGCAGAUAUAAUUAUGUUAAUGAGAAGUAGAAAUUGCGGAACAAGGAUUUUCCAGCAGCUUACAGUAUUAAUAUUUUGAAGUCCAACAUCCAAUUAGUUUGAUGAGGGAUUCCUCGCUCCAAGCAACUGUUAAAAUAUUUCAGUUUUAUGGAUAUUUUAUUGUGCAUUAAUAGAAAUGGAUCUUCCCUAAAUAAAUUCCCAUCAUGUGAUGUAACUGAAGCCAAAUAUACCAUUCAAUUCCUUAUGAUUAAUUGGUAACCUUAAUAUUUUUGGACUAAAAGCACACUCCUAAGUGAGAGGUCUAAUCAACGUUUGUGUUUAAAAUGAAGCUGUUUGUUGACAAUAGAUGUCUAAUAUUCUUAUCAAAAGGUUUUUCACAAGAUAUAUCCAUAUUUUUGUUGCCGUCAUUAUAGAUAUUGUUUUGUACAUUUCUCAGUAAUAAUUAGCUGGAGAAAGGGGAGAUAACCAAAAGCAUAAUUAAAAGGUCAGUUUUUAGAGGCGACACAAGAGUAGAAUGGUGAAUCUGUGGAAUUAAUUGCUACACAUGACUGUGGAGGCCACAUCAUUGGGUAUAUUUGAAGCGGAGGUUUAAAUCAUCAGGGCUGGUGAAGGGUCUCGGCCUGAAACGUCAACUGUUUACUCUUCUCCAUAUAUGCUGCCAGGCCUGCUGAGUUCCUCCAGCAUUUCGUGUGUGUUACAAAGUGCAUGAAGUCUUUUUGGAUGAGUUGAGUGAAAGUGGAAAAGUUGUAGCAAAAAUGUAAAUUAAGGAGAAUUUUUACUGGAAGGCCAACUCAGAGUUUCUGUAGAAGGGGAAGCAUCAAAACAUUGAGUCUAAAGUAGGGACUGUUAUCUGUCUUGAAUUCCAUACUAACUGAAAUAGUUUUUGUAAACGUUUAUAUGAUGACAAAUGAGAAAGAGCAGCAAGCACAAUGGACAGAGUAGUUUGGAGAAUUACUGAAUAGACCGCCACUAGAUGAAGGACCUGACAUCAACACAGAUCCACCCACCCGAGGGAGAAGAUACUGGUGCUGCCGAUAAAUCACUAAAGACCAGCAAAGCUCCAGGACAGGACAAUUUGAAAGCCCAACCGGUCAAAGCUGAACCCAAAGCUGCAGCGGUCAUCCUGCAACCACUGUCCACUCUAAUCUGGGAAAGGGGACAAGCACCCAAGGGCAGGACAAUGGGAGUCACCAUGUGGAUCCCCGAGAAAAGAGGAUUAAGUGACUGCAACAACUAACGUGGCAUCACACUUUUGUCAAUGCCAAGCAAGAUCCUCGCCAACUCAUCGUCCAACGGGUUACAGAGGAAGGAGCAAGCUGGCUUCAGGAAGAACAGAGGCUGUGUCGACCAGAUAUUCACACUGUGUAAUAUCAUAGAGCAGUACACUGAAGCAGAGGCAGUUGCAUGUACAUUUCGUGGACUUUGAAAAGAUAUUUGAUAGCAUCCACAGGGAGGGCUUUGCCAAGUUCUCAGAUCAUAUGGGAACCCUUCCAAAAUUGUCCAGAUCAUCCAGAAUUUUUAUGCUAAUUUCACUUGAGUCAGUUCAAGAAAGACUGAGACCAAGACCCUCAACAUAAAGUCUCCAACCACACUCUGCUCCUCAGGGUCAUCAAGAGGACACAGCCACAAUUAUCACAAGGAAAUGUUGGAGAUGGAUUGGGCAUGUGAUGAGAAGAGAGGCCAAAUCUAUCAUCAAGAUAGCACUUCACUGGAUCUCUGAAGGGUGGAGGAAAUGCGGGAGACCAAAACCAACUUGGUGCUGUUCCAUAGAGGCAGAAAUGAAGACCCUGAACCACACCUGAGGCACAAUAGAGAAGAUGGGCAUGGACAGACAGAGGUGCAGGCAAUCAGUAAGUUAUAAUGAUGACCACAAGUAACAAUAUUCUCAAUAAAUAAAAUUUAAAACUUAUCUGUUGCACAUUUAACAUAUCAGUAAUAUUUGAGUAAUAUUGUAAAUAUACUGUUGAUUAAGCAGUCUUGUUUGUUUAAAUAAUUCAGUACAGGUUAUAUGUAAAAGUACGUGAAUGGCAUACGUCAUCACAUUAUCCACGUAAUGCGGUGUUAUUCGCUUAAAGUCAAAACAAAACCAAUACAAGGAUUCUGGACUCUCUACAUUUUUUUCCAAUUGGUUCAAUGUUUUGAAACUAUAAAACAUAACAGUACUAUUAAUCCGUAUG